AUGAUCAGGACGGGAUCGUCGGCGUUGACGCUGGCGCUCACACGCAAAAACAAUUCACUGGUAGCGUUGCUGCUACGCAGUGGAGCUUCUCGCGCGACGAUACCACGUGAGAUGUGGCAAGAAUUGGACGCAGCAACUUGGCUUCGCGCAGAAGUUUGGCCCAUGCUAUCGACAGAGUGGACUGUGGUGUGGAAUCCUUCAUUGCAUCGGCAUUUCCCACCAGCUGAGCGAGAGAAGUGCCGCCUCAUCGUGUACGCGAAUACGUCUGACGCGAUGAGGUACUUUUGGUGGAUAGCUACAGCCUUCUCAGGACCAUUUAAGACAAACGAACAGUCCGUGCGGUGGCGAUAUCUCUCGGAACCGCUGCUUCACCACAUCAUAGAAUUCGCUGUCUUCCUCUGGUGAAAUGGUGACGUGUUGUAAGCAUACUGCUGCAUGGGCAGCACUACACUGAGCCGGGGUUCGCUUGGAGCUGUAC